AUUCUAUGGAAUACAAUUACUGCUUUUUACUGAGCGACGUUUCGACUAGACUUCUCUAGUCUAGUUCAAUUACUAAAUGCCAUUGAAACAGUUUAUAAUAUAUUUCCCCUAUUUCAUGUAAUUUACAUCUGUACAAUAUGAGAGUAAUAUUACUGGUAUUGUUUUUCUAUGGAUGUCUAAUCAGAACAAAUUCACAGGACCAGAUUCGAUAUCCUGAAGAUGCCAGUGUUUAUAUUGGUGGAUUCUUUAAUGUUUACGCCCCAGGACCCAAUGGUUGUUCCAGUACUGUUGAUCCAUAUUCUAUACAGGAAUUUGAAGCUGUAAGGUGGAUCAUAGAUAAAUUAAAUAAUAAUACAUUUUUACCCGGAGGGCAUAAAAUAGGUAUACACGCCUUUAAAACAUGUGGAAUAUCAGAAAGAGCUGUGUCUAGUGCAAUUCAGUUAUCACAGACUUAUAAUAAUGAUAACCAAUCUGCUGUUUUAUUUUCUAUACUUGGUCCAACAUUUAGUUCCGAAACUAAAGAUAUGUCACAUCUGUUCAGCUUUUUGCCAGAGGCAGAUCGCCUGUUGAUGUUGAGUUACGGCGCUACUUCAUCCAAACUUGCGGACCAGUCCGUUUAUAAAAACCUUUACAGAGUUGUUCCACCUGAUUCUGUACAGGUUCAAGUGAUGUUACAGCUUAUGUUAGAAUUAAAAUGGAAUUAUGUUGGAAUAAUUUAUGAAGACAAUGAUUACGGUAAUGAUGCAGCGCAACAGCUCAGAGUAUUGGCAACAGCUAAAGGCAUCUGUAUUCCAGUUUACCAUUCUUUCAAUAGCAUCAACAGUCAGGAAAGCUUUAAAACCUUCCUUAAGGAUGUUCUGGAUCUGAAACUAGGUGGAAUAAUCUAUAUCGGGGAUGAUGGUCUUGUAAAAUCAUUACUGGAGCUGUCCACGUCGAUAAGUCAUGAUACUGAAAUAAUUAUGUCCGAAUCAAAUCGAUUAAGCUCAUAUUACCUCAAAAGAAUAGCCAAUGAAUAUUUUUCCAUAGCUCGAGGUAUGCUUGUAACAAGUGUUCCUAAAAUUGACAUUAAUGAAUUUGAUGAAUAUUGGAGGAACAUCUAUACAAUGAAUUUUAGUCACACUUGGGUAAAUGUUAUACCAAAUAUAGCACAAGAGAUCCCCCAGCAAUCCGUUUAUAUGAAUUAUGCGGUGAAAGGAAUUCUGAUAUUAGCCAAUUUGUUUAAGAAACUUCAACAAAAGACAUGCACGAACGUCAACGAUAUAAUCUGUUCGCAGCUGAGACAAUUGCCCAAGCAGACCUACAUCGAUGAACUGGGCCAAUCCAGAACGAACCUAACCGAAGCAUUUCCAUUUACCGAUCAUAUGUUCUUGAACACAGUAUCACAGGACAUAACCUUUGGGGAAAAUCGAGAAAUCAUCUAUGGUCCCGAGUAUCAAACGUAUGAAAUUUAUAAUUUCCAACAAUGUAAUGGGUUGAAUGACUGUGAAUUUCUUAAGGUCGGUAAUUACAAAGACGAUAUUCUGCAAAUAAACAAAAGUGUUAUACAAAGUUAUCCACUUGGAGAAAACCAAGGACCUUACAAUCAGCAGCCAACUGCCCAAUGUCCUAACGGAACCGACUGUAUAAAAUGUAUUCCGUCUGAUAUAUCUGACCAUGUGAUAUUUGUGGAAGGAGACUGGUAUGUUGUGGCCGUUGUCCCUGUGUUUGUACCUGAUGAAACAAAUACAUUACUCUGCACAAACACGAUAAGAGAUUCUUUAGGAACUGACAUCGCUGAAAGCAUCAAAUUUGCUAUUGAGGAGAUUAACCACCCAAACAACACAUUGAUAUCUUCUAAAAAGAAAGUAGGGUUGAUUGUGAUAAAUGGUUGUGCAUCUGAACUUGUAAUUAAAGACAAAAUGUUACGUUUACACAAAGGAACUUAUCAACUCAGACCCGGAAUGAAAAGUUCAGACAUUAAUCACAGAAUUCUUGGUUAUGUUGGAGGGAUGAGCGGAAGUAUGAGUGCGGCCAUAGCUGAAGUUCUGGCUAAACUUGGUUACGUUCAAGUAUCCUACGCCUCGACCAGCCCACUUCUUAGCGAUAGAACUCUGUAUCCUUACUUUCUGAGAAUACCUACUGCAGACGACCAACAAGCAAAAGUCGUUAUUGAUAUAGUUACCUCCCUUGGUUCAAACAUCAUCCAGGUUAUUUACACCGAGGGUGCCUAUGGAGAAGGUGCUUAUUCCACAUUGGAGAAACUUGGCGAGAACGCGGGCAUAUGCGUUAUAGGUCAUAAAGUUCCUGUAGCCACCGACUACACGUUGUAUAAUGGUUUGCUGGCUAAGUUAAGGGAAACUCCACAAGCUAAGUUAGUGGUGACUUUUGUAAGGUCACAUGUUAUUGAGCAAGUAGUAAAAGCUGUGACUGAGAGAAUGGCGGAAACUGAAUUCAUAUUUAUUGGAUCUGAAACCUGGGGAAGCAGAGAAAGCGUCAUUCCUGAACAGCAACGCAAAGUUUAUGGUUCACUGAGUAUUGCUUUAGAGUUGCCUCCCAUUCCGGCAUUCAUCUCCUAUCUCACCAAGCAAAUUAUCAAUGACCCGUCUGAUCCAUGGCUCCGUCACUUCUUAGAAAACAUGGGAAAGUGCAUAUUCACCGGAAGUUUCCAAAGAGCGGGAAAAGACGAAGUCAUUGGUAAAGCCAGAGAAUGUGACUUAGAAAGUUUAGUGAUGUCACUUUAUGACCAAUGGAUACCAUUUGCUGUGGCCUCAACAAAGGCUUUGGUAAAAGGCUUAGAAAAUGUUCUCAGUUCAACAGAAUGUGGCCAGCCUGCAACGUCGUGCCCUGAACAAAACCCCACUCUGUUGGCAGAAUACAUAAAGAAGAAUGUAAAGUUAGAUUUAUAUGGUAAAGGUAGCCAGGAAAGAGUUUUUGAUGACAAUGGUGAUGGUGUUGUCAAAUAUAAAAUAAUGCAUGUUACUUCAGGAGAAAAACUAUACAAACAGGUUGGGUCAUGGUCCAAAUCACAAGGCAUCAUCUUCAAUAAAGAUUCGUUAUAUUACCCUGUUAAAGAUUAUAAUUCUGUAUGUCUAACAGAUUAUACAUGCAACAAAUGUUUCCCUGACAAGAUGGAGGAAGAAAGUCCUAAGCAGUCAACAGAUGGGAUGAUUCCUGCUAUAGUUGUGUUGGCUGUGCUAACGUGUCUUUUGGGUAUUUCUGUAGUCAUCCUAGCCAUUCAUUGUCAUCGAUCACGUCGUGAUAGACUAUUACAGGAACCACAUUAUGCUGAACCGGAAAACAUAAAGGAGUUCAACAACAGAAAUGAUAAAGGUAUAACUAUAUAG